GUGGGGGGCGGCCGCUGGAGGGUGUAGCUGCGGCUGCUGCGCUUCAGGUACGUCUGGGGGCAGUUAGGCUAUCGGCAGUCACUGCCCGACGCGAAGAAAUAAGUUCGGGCUGACAACGGACCACGCUUGAACCGUGGAGGUGUGGAAUUCAAUCAUUCGCACGUGCAAUCCGUGUGAAUGGGUGAGCGGCGCCUGCGGCAGCCCGUCGUCGUGCGCGCUUGACCACAGCGAGCCGGCCGCCCGCCGGACCAUGGUGAGGAUGAAGACGUUCCAGGCGUACCUGCCCAAUUGCCACCGCACGUAUUCGUGCAUCCACUGCCGCGCCCACCUGGCCAACCACGACGAGCUCAUAUCCAAGUCGUUCCAGGGAAGCCAGGGCCGAGCGUACCUGUUCAAUUCCGUGGUGAACGUCAGCUGCGGCCAGGCGGAGCGGCGUGUUCUGCUCACGGGUCUGCACGCCGUGGCCGACAUCUUCUGCGAGUGCUGCAAAACCAACCUCGGCUGGAAAUACGAGCAAGCCUUCGAGACGAGCCAGAAGUACAAGGAGGGCAAGUUCAUCAUCGAGCUGGCGCACAUGAUCAAGGACAAUGGUUGGGAUUGACGACGGACAGGCGACACCGGACCGAUCUCAGCCGCCUGCGCUGAACCGGCGCGGCCGGCUCGCACGACCGCGCCGGUAUCACAGCUUUAAUCCAAAUUUAUCGCCCCGACAAUCCCUGCCCGGCGCGCGGACGAGCGACAGAAGCGCCAGUCUGCGGCGAUCUCUCGAAGCUUCACGUCUCGUACUUACGGACAGAUGGGAGUGUGAUCCCAGGGUCGUUCUGCCGGCGCGUGGACUUGGCGUGAGAGGUGGUGUUUUGUGUUGGCUUCUAGGCAUAGACGCGGGCCGGUUUUUGCAGCGCAUGCGUGCUGCACGUCGUAGACACUUUCAAAGUUUGUUUUUUUUCGCGCGAUGUCCGCCACCAACAACCUGCGCCCGAUCCUUUCACUUUAACUGUAUACCAAAGACAAUCCGACUGCUUGUGUACCGGCAGGCAAUAAGUGUUUUGUUUAACCUGGGGUCUGUUAUGUUUUCGUGCAUGAUCUAGUCUUUCAUACGGUUUAAGCACGGCCCUGCAUACGAGCCUGGCGUCAGUGUGUCGGCCGUGUCGCCGUUGUCCCACCAGGACAGCCACGGCGCUCAGUCGCUUCCGUAGGCCUCUGUUUGCGAGCGAGCAUGUCGGUUGGGAAUGGGUCCUAUCCGCAUUAUCUUUCACGCGCCUUGUGCGGUGUUAACCGACGCCAGCUUCGGGCCGCGCUCGUGGUCCAACGAUUGCCACCCCACAUGCAGCCCACUGCUCUAGCUUGCCACCACCGCAUCGGAUUGUAGAAUGUGGCAGUAUUUUUGUAGAUUGGAGCGUUGACAUUCCGCUGUGGCUAUAUCUGUGCAUGGGUGUGCGCGCGGUAUCGUGACGGUGAUGUGCCGGCGCGCGGGCCCGCGAGCCCCUCCCCCUCCCCCCGCCGGCCGGGCUUAGUCCCCAUA